UAUUCCAUCGGAACCAAUGCUGCACAUUGGACAGUGAAGAAGUAGCUCCAUGGAGACGAUGCUCGACCAAAAUCCAUUACAGAAUAUACCUGCAAUACCCAUGUCGAAAGAGCUACCUAAAGAUGUAAUCAUCGACAUCCUCUCUCGUCUUCCCGUCAGGUAUAUCCUCCGUUUCAAAUCUGUCUCUAAAUCUUGGUACGCCCUUUUUCAAAACCCUAAUUUCAUAGCCAAACAUUUCCAAAAUCAAAAAGCAAACCCUGAUGUUGAUGGACUUGAUGCGUCUUUCCUCUUUAGUCCUUACAAAUCCUCGUUCGACGCCACAUCUAAUCGUAACGUCGGCUUGCUUCUAUCGGAAUCGGAGAAAUCAAUCAAGAUCCCCAUUGGACUCGACAUCCCGUUCCUCAGCAUUUCAAAACCCUUACGCGUCUGUGGGACUGUUAACGGGUUGAUUUGUUUGAGUAUUUUGCCGAUUGCGUCGAUUAUCUUGCUAUGGAAUCCUGCUACUAGGGUUUUCAAAGACCUCCCUGUAUCCACGAUUGAUCGACCAAAAUCUGGUCCCAUUAAGGUCGUUUUAGGGUAUGGAUAUGAUGAGGCUACCAAUGAUUACAAGGUUUUGAGGAUUGUGUAUUACGGUUACCCAUUGAACCAAGUGGAGAUAUACUCGUUAAAUACUAAUUCAUGGAAGGAGAUUAAGACCCGUGUGCAGUUCUUGAUCUUUGAAGCGGCCUGUAGUGUGUUUCUGAAAGGGAAAUUCCAUUGGACAGCUAUAGGGUUUGAGGAGAUGCAUGGAAAGAAGCUGAUUGUGUGUUUUGAUAUCUGUAGGGAGGCUUUUAGUUACAUCAUGCCCCCAGGCUUUGAUUUUAGUGACUGUGAUGGUGAGUCUAAAACCAGUUGGACUGUGGCAGGGAUGAAGGAAUCACUAGCGGUGAUCGGUUCAUCUGGGAAUGGAUCUGGAAAGAGGUUUGAAGUAUGGGUGAUGAAAGAAUAUGGGGUGGUUUCAUCAUGGACCAAAUAUAGAUCAUUUGAACUCCAAACUGAAGUAGGAAGGACAUUGGGGUGUGGAUUGAAAGGUGAGUUUUUGUUGGAGAAAGAUAACAAUCAGCUGGUUUUGUAUGAUCCGGAUUCGCAAAGCAUCAAGAAUCUGGGCAAUCAUGGGGUUCCUUGUUGGUCUGAUGUGUUCAAUCAUGUUGGAAGUUUGCUGCCGAUCAAGGGAGGGAAGAUAGCAGAAAGGACCAAUUUAUCGGCUGUGGUUCCAGACAUCUUCUUUGUUCGAAAGAUGGACCUGUCAGUCCAGUAACUCUAAAGUGGUAUCAAAU